AUGAGCGUCCCGCGUCUACAUAAGCACGUCGGCCGGCCAGUAAACCCGAAUGGUGGUUGAGAGCCGUAAAACCUCCAAUCGGAACCGAGAGGCAGCAGCACGCAGAGAGAGAUGAUGAAGUGAAGGGCAUCGUGGUCGUGGAGGUUGUAGCAAUUGGUCAGGGGCCGUUGGAGCUGCGAAUAUAAAGAAAGGGUGCCAUCCACUCCAAGGAACCUCGAUCGAAGCAACCAUCAACCUCUUGAUCCGCCACUCGCCUGAAAGACCUGACCUUUGAUACUCCCAAGUCCCAACCAUCCGCCGCACAAGACCGCAAUGAAGCUCACCCUACUCCCCCUGCUUCCCUUGGUGCUGCAAGUGUCAGCAAUGACCUUGCCUCGUGAUGCCGCUUCGGAACGCGGUGAACUCGACACCCGCAACGCCGUCGGCCUGACCUGGAUCGGCCAAGUCAAGGAAGGCCAGCCGAAUGUGACCUUGACGGGCACCGCAGAGGAGAUCGUCCAGCAGAUCCUCGCUGCCAACCCGGAUUACCAGUUCCCCACCGUAUCCAACAAGACGCACCGGGCGCUUGAGGAACGGCAGGAUCCGCGUCUCAACCCGCCACCCCCAACCAAGUGGGGGACGCGCGAGAACAGCGUAGCCAGCUCGGACGACGACUGGCUCCUGACUCGGUGGGACUGCAACUACGGCACGGGCGUCUGGUUCGAUUUGACCGAUGGCAACGUCGCAUACCUCGAAAAGCUCGGAAACGGCGCCUGCGUCGUGCCGCGGGGUCCCAACGGCCUGGCCCGGGUGGCUUGCUCCUCGAGCGCAUCCGUCUUCGUCGUCAACGACAACAACUACCAAGUUCAAAUACCCUGCAUUCAGGUCGCCCACAUGGCCUGGCAUCCCAUGUACAACUGCCGAUGGGAACAAUUCUCCGCUUCCCUAGGGAGGUUUCACGGCUUCACUCGCGGCCGGUCCAACACCAUUGGAAACUGGUGGGUAAACAUCAACAGGGACAGCUGCUGAUCGAGCUUCGGCUCGUAAAAACAUAAACCUCACGACUGGAGACAGAGAGCAUUGGCUUUGCUUUGCGUCGUGAGUUCUUCGCAAGGUCCGUGGUCUGUAUGAUGGGGAAGAGGUGUCAAGAGCAUGACUGUUUGCUCUCUUAGAACAUAAAGUCAAUUCAACAUUGAACCGAGGGUAUAGAGGUUAGUUUGAUAGAGUAUCCUUCUUCAUCUUCGCUAUAGGUGGCGUUUAGUUAGUCCCUGCCAGGAAACCGUAGGCAACUCUGUCCGUGACGGAAGGGUGAAGAGUGGAAGAC